GCCUGCUGCAUUGCAAAGGAGGAGAGGAGGGAAAAGGAGGCGAUCUAACAAACACGAGCGAACAUUCCUUCGGGCCCUCCUCUCCGCGCAGCCAGCCAACUUAUCAAGUCCUCCUGGAAGCUUGCAGGAUCACUUUGCGGAUAGAAAAACAACAUGGCAGACGUCGUGUUCCAAACCGAGGGAGGAAGUGGCGGGAUUGUGAUUGACGAUGACUGGCCGGGUUACAGUUUAGAACUCUUCAGCUAUCCAACACACUACGCCGGGGAUCUGCAAUGUGUCGUCGUUCCGCAUGGAGUCAUCAUGGACAGAACGGAACGUCUCGCUCGCAACAUCAUGGAUGAUUUGGGGGACCAUGACAUUGUGGUACUAUGCGUGCUAAAAGGGGGCUACCAGUUCUGCGCCGACCUGGUGGACAAGAUCAAGGCGCUAAGCUGCAACUCGGACCGCACCAUCCCCAUGAGAGUCCACUUCAUCCGCCUCAAGAGCUACCUGAACGAUCAGUCCACAGAAGAUCUUCACAUUCUUGGAGCAGAGGACUUAUCAUUUUUAGCUGGAAAGAACGUACUGAUUGUGGAGGGCAUUAUUGGCACCGGCAAGACCCUGACGGCUCUCCUGAAGCACGUCAAAGCCUUCCAGCCCAAAAUGAUCAAAGUUGCCGGAUUGCUGGUGAAGAGGGUGCCUCGCAGGACUGCAAGCCUCCCCGACUAUGUCGGCUUUGAGAUCCCCGAUCGCUUCGUGGUUGGAUACGCUUUGGACUACAAUGAGUAUUUUAGAGACCUCAAUCAUAUCUGUGUGAUCAGUGACAGUGGAAAGAUGAAAUACAAGAUAUGAGGAAAGGAAGCCACAUGCUCUCAGAUGUCAUCUCAACUUUAGAACCCAUUCCAGCUGCUCUGGAGAAAUACGUUUUCCUCCGACAUUGCUGUCCCACAUUCCCUCUGUGAAACGACCAGCGGGCAAAGACAUUGCCUUUCAACUCAUCGUUUCGUGCACUUAGUGGAACACGGGGUUUACAAACAAAUUUCUGAGAGGAAAUGAUGUCGUUUUUUAAAGACGUAAGUAACUUUACAGGAAUAAUGACCAUUCUUAACUUUGUGUAAAAAGAAGCCGGAAUACUGCAAAUAAUGUUAAGGGCAAACGUCUGCAAACUGAGUCAGUACGCAUAUUGUCACAAGUAUUGAAAGAUGUUGAUGACUAAAGAGUCAAGACAACAAAACGAUUUGUUGGGGUAAGUAUUACAAAAGAAGAGCCUAAAAAAAAACUAAAUACUGAACUGAAGUAUGCUGAAUGGCAAUAUGGCACCAAUGAUGAUCGCUAACGUUUUGCUGAAAUUCAGAAUCAUGAAACUUGCAACUGAAAUGCUGCAGCUAUGCUUGUGCUUACCUCGGUCGACUUCAUUUGUAACGCGCAGGUAUGCGACGUAAGGGACUUGUUCCAACCGCACUGAACUCGAUAGUUGCUAACAAAGGAAAUUAGCCUACCUAAAUGUGAACGUCAAUCACAUUUUUUAAGCAGGAAGUGUAGCAUUUUCUAACAAAAUAGUGACUCAUCUCAUUAUUAGCAUGGAAAGUUCCUUUUCUGUCAUUUUUUACAAUUCUUGGGAUGAGAGUGUAGCUUUGGAGACAUUUUUUUGUAUUAAUUUUGCAUUUUUUCAAUAUUUGAUCAACUUACCUGGUGAACCUGUGUGUUGUAUAUCAAAACUGGAGCGUUGCCGGUUAGUGUUUAUCAAUGAAUUAUCUGCGUAUUAAAAGUGUGGAUUGCUUUAA